AUGAACUCGAUGAGUAUGCGUCGUCGCCGCCAUUUAUUUCAUUCACUCUUUGACUCUGUGCCAUUGGAUGAACGUUUACUCCAAGUAUAUCGAUGUGCAUUACAAAAAGACAUUUUGGUUCAAGGACACAUGUACGUUUCUGAACACCACGUUUGUUUCAAGGCCAACAUCUUCGGAUGGAUCACUCGGAUUGCUAUUGCAUUUGCCGACAUUGAAGUCAUUGAGAAGCGCAACACGGCUAGACUGAUUCCCAAUGGUAUUCGCAUUGUGUCAGGACGCGAAAAGCAUGUAUUUGCAUCAUUUCUCUCACGCGACGAUGCCUAUCAGCUUUUGAUGGAUCUUUGGGAAGAGCAUCAUCCUCAAAGUGACAAGAAACAGAAACAUGAUGAAGAAGAAGAGGAUCGAGCGAGUCAUGUCUCCACCAUUGCUACUGUGCCAUCCAAGGAAGCCGACAUCCUAGCAACGCAAGAAGUAUUACCAACACCACCUCCUUCACCUACAGCUACAUCACCAUCAUCAUCUCCUCCUUCUCCUCCUUCUUCUUCACCGCCGACGACCACAAGAAAACAACGUACUACAUUGUUUUGGCCGGGCCGAUGGCGACCGAUGCUUGCUUUACCACCAUCAUCAACACCCACGGAGAAGGCGCCGAUCAUUCAAAACAACGACAAUGAAAACAAAGAUACCACAACAGUGAAUGAUGAUGAAGCAACUCAUGGAAUGGGAUGCCUAUUGACGUUGACUUUGGUCCUGAUUAUAACCCACAUUUACAUGAUUUAUCAUCUUGUUCGUGCAUCACGACACCUUGCCGUCAUUGAAUCAUUCUGCAAAUAA